CAUGGAGUGACUGUAAACAGCAGGUCCUGGGAUGUCUGAGCUCCUCUCAAUCUCUUACCCGUAAUAACUUCAUGCUGUCUUCGCAAGUUGUGUAGAAGAUGGAGAGUUUGGGGAAAGCGAAAGAUCCAGAAUGGAACACAGAGACAAAUUUAGAGAAAAUGGACAAGAGUUAUUUCCAUCUGCUUCUCAACAAGAGAAUGGUCUUAAACUCAAGAGAUGAUUCGAAAUCUCUUCUUAACCGGCUGAUUUUUGUGUCCAAAAUCUCCCCCGAGUUGGCUGAUAAGAGAGAUCUGGCAGAAUACUGGGAGCAACAAUUCCUGCUGUACAACCAGGGCGAGUCUGUCUCCGGCCUACUGCUUCUUUAUUCAUCGUACACCAUCCACAUCAUGGAGUCCAGCAGCGAUGUCUUGUAUUGUGUUCUGCGAGAGCUGAGAAAGAUGCAGAAACGUGAAAGCGGGGCUCUACUGCUACAACCCAGAAUCCUAGUGAUGUCUCAUAACCUCCCUUUCCGUCUGUUCACCCAAUGGAGCUACAAAGUCUUGGAUGUUCCUGCCCAGUACUUAGAAGAGAAAUACGGUGAUGAAGCCACUGAUGGCAUUAUCAGUGAGUGCCUGAUAAAAAUCCUAAAGAUUGGGAAGCACCUCACCAAGUAUCCAAAGGUUUCUAAAGACAUACCGGACUCAGUGUUUGACAAGGUCCCAGAACUAAUCAUUCCCCAAGGCUUCAUUUCCCACCUCUUGCAGUGUAAGCAGUUAUUCACCCCUGACCAAUUCCUGGAGUUCUAUGACACCCCUCUGAACAUCCUCCUGGACUCUGAUCAGGUGUGGCCUACAGCAGUUCAUUUAACUCCUGUGCAGAAAAGAUCCGUACUGUAAAAGAUUUGUUCCUGUUCACUCGAUCAAGACAUAUCAAACUAGUGUUUAUUCUCCUCUGUGCUUCAAUUCCAAUGUGAGAAUUUUCACUUGAAAACAUUAAAGCCAGGUGUAGGUGCCCAUUGCUGUACCAUGUUCUGUAGACUAAAUUACUCUAAGUGCUCUGGCAUCGCAGCUGGAAAAGAAUCUCGGGAGAUAAAGUUCACAGCAGCGGGAAUAGUAUUGGACGCUGACAUGUUACUUCAAAUAUUUCCCUAAAUUGUACUGCAGACUGUGUAAAUAGUGCUGAGGAAAAAGUGGUGAAGAUAACAGGGCAACGUUUUACCAUCAUUUACUUGCAAC